AUGUCUCCCGAAGCACUGCCAGACGACUGGAUGGCGACUGUGUGCAACGGCACUCUCAGACCAGCCGAGGCAGCAGCGUUUCUCCACCGACACUUUCACUCGCACAAUGAGUUUGAGGACGACAUUGCCAUCGUGGCGGCCACGCUGUACUGCUGGGAGUUUCUGAUGACGUUGCCGGCGGAGCUGCGGAUCUACCUGACCAUACCAUGGACGGCACCGCACCUGAUCCUGUUUGUGCUCAUGCGCUACUCGACCAUGGUGACGGUGGCGAUGGGGAUGUACUCGACGUGGCACCGAUUUCGGGGCAACUGUGUGACGUACCGCGAUGCCGCGGUGCUGAUGGUGCAACUGUCUGUCUCGGCGGUGCUGGGGUGGCGCACGGUGGCGAUCUGGCAAAAGGACGCGCGGAUCUUUGUGAUUGUUGCGCUGCUGCUGAUCACCUUGAUGGUGUUUUCGUCGCUCAUUGUGCUGGGCACGCACGUGCAGCCGGUGAGCAGUGGCGAGUGCAUCCUGACGCGCGGCGAUGUCGAAGAGCUCUUCCCUCUCGCGUGGUUCUACGCCGGCACGGUGGCGUACGACACGGCAGUCAUCGUGCUAAGCACGUUCCGGCUCUGGCAGCACCACAAUGACGUCGGCGUAUUCCCCGGUGCCAAUGCGGACGAUAGCAGGCGAUGGUGUAGCUGGAUCAGCUGGUUGCAUUCGCAGUGGAACAGCGUCACGCCGUUGCUGUUCCGACUGACCUCCAACGGCGUGCUCUACCUCGCGUUUUCGACGGUGUUCAAUGUGGUGUGCUUUGCGGUCAGCUACGACAACGAGGAUAGGGCCCAGAAUCUGCUGCUGCUGUACUCGUCGGUCAUGUGGGUCGUCUGUCAGCAUCUCAUGCUGCUCGAGAUUCGGGCGACAUGGGGCAACAGCUCGGCAGAGCAGAAGUUCGGCACAAAGGGACCGGUCGACGACAGCGAUGCGGAUCGACUCAUCGCACAGAUCCUCCAGGCGUCGUGGUCACAAAAGGCACGAGGAGAGGCAAAGACUCUGACCAAGACGGAUGGGGGAAAGGACAUCGAGCUCGGACCUACGCUGCAGAUGGGGUGUGGAUGUGGACCAGGAGGAGGCUGUAGCUGCGCGGGUGUUCGAGAGUCGUUGGCGCUGUCGCUACGAGAUUUGGCGCUGGCACGCUCUCGAUCGUCCGACGAGUGCGAUACGACCAAGCUGAGCGUUCAACAGCUGCAUGGCUUCCGCCCCUGCAUGCCGGGCGAGAGCUACGAUGGCUCGGCGCAGUCGUCGAUGCACCGCGUCCAGACCGCUGAAGCCGACACGUCGAGCACUGCGCUUGUCACUGAUCCUACCGACGAAGCAGCUGAUGGCGUCAGCCGUGGCUUCCGCGGUCGACUGAGCGCGAUUUCCAACAGCCCUACUCGACUCUUUGCCACCUUCAAGACGCGUAGCGAUGGACCCACCGCGCUUGACCACCCGCUGCAACAUGCUGAAUCUUCGCACUGCUGUGCUCUGGCGCAGAAAGCUCCUGCUCGAAGUCGACGUUUCUCGCAGGUGAUCAAGAAGGCUGCCCCCGUGUCGGCAGAGCCGGCGUGCAACUGCCGUCGUCCGCGCCGAAACACGUUGGGCACAUUGCAACCGCCCGCCACAGAUCUGCAGGCUUGCGCGGACCAUCAGGACAUCAGCUGCGGGAGGAAAGCACAGGGGAUCGAGGUCGCCGCGAUGCUCGCCAGCAUGUCGCCCGAUGACAAGGCCGCCGCACUCGCUCUGGCCGGUAUGGACGCAAGCCCGGCCCUGCCAUCGUAUCCACCCUUCGCUUCGACGAUGCACCCACAGAGAGCUAGCCCUGCGAAAGUGCCAACGACAAUCUGGAUGAUGCAGCCGCCACUCAUAUAG